AUGGGCACAGAAGGAUGCAAAAUCAAGAACAUCUCAGAAGGUUCGAUUGUUCAUUGUGCAAAUCAACGGCUGUCAGUGUUUCCAAACUUACCAAGCAAUACCAUAACCGCUGAUCUGCACGGCAAUGUGUUACCUUUUUUGAGAAGAGAAAACUUCAAAAGACUAAGAAAUGUUAAAAGCUUAACGCUUAGUAAUUGCAAUACUAAAGGAAUAGAAGAAGAUAGAGAAGGACCAGUCACCAGACAGACAUACAGACGCGAACGUAUUCUAUCCGAAAAGAAGAUGGCGACGGGACAAACAAAGGAAAUGAAAGGUAAGGAAGAACCUUUUGAUUUUUUAGAUAUUCGAGACCAGCUAGAAGAUAUUCAUAUGAAAUUAGAUGUUAUGGUAAAUGUGAAUGCUACAUUCCAAACAAAGGCACCUACAUUUAAACUACAUCUGUUAGACAACAAACUCCGCAAGCUCGACAGAAAGGACUUGACCCCAUUGAGGAAUGUGAAACACCUAACAAUUAAUCUGCGUCGAAAUCGUAUUGCAAAUAUUGCACAAGACACAUUCGUUGAUUUAAAAAAUAUCGUUAAAUUAGAUGUUUCAGAAAACCCUCUUUGUCAAAAUAAUGCCCAGGAAACAAAUGAAAGUCUGGAGGACAUCAACGUCCAAAGUUGGCCUUCAUGUAAUGCGGCUUAUAAUCUAUCUUUGGCGCUCCGGUCAACCAAAGUUGCUAACCUCGUCCUGGAGCACAUCGGCUGGAAAACGUAUCAACUAAAAGAAGAUGACUUCGUAAAUUUGAAAAAUUCUUCUCUCAGACUUCUCAAGCUUGGUGGAAACAACUUCGGAAGAAUACCAGAAGACGCAUUCCAGCAUGUCUCCACCUUGCAUUCUUUGUUUUUGGACAAUUGUGCUAUAGAUACCAUUCCUGCAAAUGCGUUUGCGCCUUUAAAGUGGCUUCGGUCAUUGCAUUUGGAGCGCAACAACUUAGAAACAGUCUUAGUUCAAAACGUCUUGGACUUUUGUCCUCGUCUAUCCUUUAUUGAUGUCAGCGGAAACAAAUUUAAGAACAGUCUCCCCAAUGGCACUAUUGAAAGAUACGUGAUAGCAAACCAUACCAAAAUUUCAACCAUAAAGCUUUCGCACAAUAACCUGAACCUGGUAUUUCAAGAAGGUUUAUUUGAAGGGCUCGAUUCACUUACUACAAUUGACAUUUCCACUAACAAAUUGAUUUGUGAUUGUCAGAUACGACCUCUACAAAAAUGGUUGGACAACCACAAGCAUAUCACAGUUAAAGGGAGACAUGAUUACUGCUUUGUCCCGGCAUCCACGACCAAUAAAAGAAUACAGGAGUACCGCCCUUCAUGGCUUGAUUGUGACAAUAACUUAGUUAUUUUGCUUGCUUCUUCAAGUGGAAGUCUUUUUUGUGUCGUUACUAUCGCUCUUGUGAUCUACGUCUUACGUUGGGAUAUAAAGUUUGCCAUCGCUGUGCGUCGUGCGCGAAGAUUUCCCCGCAAACAUGUCAGGAGAGGAAAAGAGUUUGAUGCCUUCGUAUCUUACUGUCCUCACGACAUAGCUUGGGUAAAGGAUGCCCUUAUUGCAAAAGUCGAAGAGGAUCAGUAUUUCAACUUUCAUUUAUGUGUACAUGAGCGCGAUUUUCUUGCUGGGAAAUUCAUUGUUGAAAAUAUAGAAGAGAACGUUGAAAAAAGCAAGAAAAUCAUUUUUGUUGUCACGGAAAGUUUUCUAGCAAGCGAAUAUUGCGACCUAGAAGUCAAUCUUGCAAAAACUAAAUUAUUUGAGCGCUCUAUUGAUUCGGUCGUAUUUAUUUGCUUUGAUAUGAUCAAGAAAUCAAAGAUGUCAGAACCGAUGAACACCAUGAUGCGCCAUUCAUGCGUUUUGUAUUGGCCACAAGAAGAUCGUCUGCGAGAACGUGCCAUCUUCUGGAAGAAACUUAAACUCGCCUUAUGGUCAAAACAAGACUUUGUUAUGGACGAAACUUUACUGUAA